UCACUGUCACUGACAACGUCACUCGGGGUAACCUAUAAAUUUUUAUUAUGCUGUACUGGAAAAGAAUUUGCAAAAACUAAUGAAUUUUAAAAGUCGGAAACUAGCCAAAAUUCUGGACAAGUGGCCGGGAAAAACGUACUUCGGAAUCUAUAGGUUCCUUCCAUUAUUUUUCGUCGCUGGGGCAGCUCUAGAGUUUUCCAUGAUAAACUGGCGAGUUGGUGAAAUCAAUUUUUAUGAUACCUACAAAAGGAAACUAGCAGAGUCAAUAGUAGAAAGCGAAUAAAUCAUCUCAAGAAUGCCAUUUGGAGUACCUACGGGAAGAUAUAUUACAUUUGUGGCUACAGCGAUGAUCACCAUGUUCGUUGGAGCUCAAACUGUACAUAUUUAUUAUAGGCCUUUGGACGAUCUAGA